UGAAAUUACAGCCGCGCUCUCAGUCGUGCGCUCUGAAGUAACAGCAUAAGAAAUAUUCAGUCUACUUCACCACAUAUCCACUGGAAAGCGCAACAGUCACCGGCUUUUUAGAGAGGACCAGCACUUCUGAAGUCUACAGGUUUAAGUGUGUCACUGGGCAGCAUGACGGAUGUGAUGAACAGCUGUGAUUCCGCAGUGGGAGAUUUCAGUGUGACCGAUGCGUCUGAGGAACGUGACAUCUCUUUUCAGAUCUUCCCAGAUUCCCAUGAACGGUUUCCCAAACUUUCCAAACGUUUGCCCUCCAUCGUGGUGGAACCCACCGAGAGCGGGGAGGUGGAGAGCGGAGAACUGCGUUGGCCACCCGAUGAUCUGAGCCCUGUAGAUGACCCAAGAGACAAACAGGCCCAGGCUGCAAGUGAUAAACCCACAGAAGACAGCAAAGAGGUCAGUAGGGGGGCGGAAAACUAACGGACAAGAGUUGGCGCGAUCCAGCCAAUCACUGUGAAUGUCUUCAUCGUGGACCGAUGUGAAUGGGAGACUUCACCAGUUAGGUCUGCCUAUAAUCCACACUAGAGCCGCCCACCUGUUGACCUCCACUCCCCUAGGUGGAGCCGAGGCCCAAGAGACUGUCUUAACUAGCUCAUGUGCCAAACUCUAGUGGUAGUCAGCUGCUGUGAUUGAGUUGUAAAUGAUCUCCAACAACAUAAUCAUCCAUGAUACCCAUUAAAACGCAUCUACUGUAUGCCUGAUACAUUCUAGAUUGGCAUUCGCUUGUGUUUUUUUUUUUGCUUUGAACCAAAGUCUGUCCUUUCUUCCUGUCAGAAGUGCAUAGCUUCAAUCCUAAUUUGAUGUAUUAUAUCUAUACCAAGCGCAUUGAGUGAAUUUCAAGUCAUGUAAACAAACUGGAGUGCUGUGGAAAUGGCUGAUUCACCCAUGUAGAUUUCCAACCCCAUGGACAGUAGAUAACAUCUUUCAGCUUGUCUUCUCUGACACUAAUACAUUCUGCUUUGUCAAAAAGUAAUAGAGGCACUUUAUAUAAUAAGCUUUCCAGAUACUUGAGCAUAUUUCAUUUGCAUAAAUUCUCUCUGUUUAGCACAUUGCUGGGUUCAGUUUAUGAGUGUUGGAACUGCUGUAAAUGUAGCUUUUUGCCUCGUAGUUACACUUCUUAAUUUAAAUUACAUUACUGUUUGUAUGUACAAGCAUGUUUGGAGUCUCAUUCUUCAAUCUGUCAUAUGUAUCUGUCACUUUUCUGAGGGAAAUCUCUUCAAAUAUAUUAUAAAUCUGAUGCCUUUUUUAAUUUAAGGACAAUCUGCCUGGGAAUGAAAGCAGCACAUUAUCACUUUGCAUUAAAAUCAGUCAUGCUUUUCAAAAGAACUUGCCUAAUCAGCUUUGACCUUUAAGACAGUUCCUGUGGGCAGAUGUCAGGGAUUAGACAAAAGCUUUUGAAUGAUUAUUGUGUUGACAGGAGUAAUUAAUUAGCAUGACACCGAUGAACUAAAAACAAAAGUUGGCAUGUUACUUUGUAACGAAACAAUCUGUGCUUGAACACGUUUGCAUUUUUCUGCAGACCGGUGAAUACAAAAAAUCAAGAUGGAGAAAGCAUCAAGCAAUUAAAAGUGUUAACUCAGUUUUUUGUGUAGUUUAAACACAGUCCUGCAAUGGGUAUCUGGGUAUCCAAACUUUUUUAUUUAUGACCCACCUGAUGUUUAUAUACAGCCG